AUGAUUAAACAACAGCAACCACAACAACUUAAGGCGCAAAGCGCCCAGGUCCUUCAGACCAUUACAUACGCCAUAUAUGCAUAUAAUUCAAAGACGGCAGAACAAACGCAAAGGUUAAAAUAUGGAGAUUUGGAGAUAGUAUUGAAAAAUGACCGUUUUCGAAUUCGUUUGCAAAGGUGGUGCAGUGAUAUCAAAUAUAAAAGAAAUUUUAUUUAUGAAUUCAAAAUUAAAGGAAUAACGGAUGAUAUAACAUCAAUUCCACCAGAAGAACAGAGAUAUUACGCAUUAAAUGCAUUUCCUAAAGUUUUGAAGAUUGGAAGAUUUAAUUUAAAUGAGGAAUUCAUAGAAGGUUUCCUAAACGACAUAAUGAAGAAGGUGGAUAAGGAAUAUGUGGAUAGUGAGUUAAUGAAGAAGGCAAAUUUGGUUUAUGUUGAUGAAAAAGAUAAUGAAAUUAAAGAAAAGGUUGAAUGGUAUCAUGAAUGGACAUCGGAGACUUUUAAAGUUAAAGCUGAUACAGGAUGGGUUUCAGGAUGUUUAGACCUUAAAGCAGAUAAAACUUAUGUUGAUGAAAAAGAUAAUGAAAUUAAAGAAAAGGUUGAAUGGUAUCAUGAAUGGACAUCGGAGACUUUUAAAGUUAAAGCUGAUACAGGAUGGGUUUCAGGAUGUUUAGACCUUAAAGCAGAUAAAACUUAUGUUGAUGAAAAAGAUAAUGAAAUUAAAGAAAAGGUUGAAUGGUAUCAUGAAUGGACAUCGGAGACUUUUAAAGUUAAAGCUGAUACAGGAUGGGUUUCAGGAUGUUUAGACCUUAAAGCAGAUAAAACUUAUGUAGAUGAAAAUUAUGCAAAGAAGUCGGAAGUAAAUGAUGUGAUUACAAGCAUGAAAAAUGAAAUACUUCAAACAUUAUAUCCUGUUGGUUCUAUUUAUACGUCAAUGAACUCAACAAAUCCAGCAACAGUUUUAGGUUUUGGUAUGUGGAAGCAGAUUGUAGAUAAAUUCUUAUACUGUGCUAGAUAUUCAAAGCAAACAGGAGGUUCGAAGAAAAUUAAAGAAGCAAACCUUCCACCGCACACUCAUACAGGAACGACAAACACAACAGGUAAUCAUACACAUUCAAUAACAAAAAGAGGUUUUACAAAUCUUGCAGCAGGUUCAGAUAGACAGGGAAUGAAUAGAUAUGAUAUUUCAAGUGACCCAGUAGAUUCAGGCGCAGGUAUUUUCUGUGGAACCACAGGAAAUCAUUCACACACUUUCACAACAAAUCCAACAGGCUUGGGUAAAGAUUAUAUGCCACCAUUUGUGACUGUAUUCGCAUGGUACCGCGUUCAAUGA